CACCAGGUAACUCGUCUCCUGCAAGUUCAGUCUUGCUCCAUCACAGUAUUGUGGGAGAUGAGAUCUUGGCUUUUGUCCCAUUCGUCUGCUGCUGAGCAACCUAGAGACAUUCUUUAGGCAAAGUAUACAGUCCAAUAGGAAAAGCAGUUUGUGAUCACAAGCUCAGGCAGCCUCUUGCUUUAUUCUCAUCAGCAUCCAAAAGAAAUGCUGAGGACUAUAUGGUACCUUAGAGCACCUUCUGCUGGCUGUUUACACAAAAUCAGAAAGUGUGCAAUUUUUCAUAUCUCAGAACUGUCUGGAAGAGAUGGUAACCAUUAGAAAUGUGAAAACUGAAAUCAACUUAAUGAAAUGUAGGCACAACAGUGGAAAGAAAGCAUCAAAACUUAGAAGAUUUAUUGAUGGGAUCAGGAGUUGCAGCAGGAAGUUACAGAUGAGGACAACUGAAAUAUGAGUGUGGGUGAAGGUGAGGAAGCAGUCCUGUUUUACACCUUACAUACUCCGAUGUUAUGCAUAGGUGGAAGACUUCAUUUGAAGAUUUUAUUGGCUCUAGACAGAAAUAGGAGAACUUGUCCUGCCUGGACAUCGUCUGCUCCACAGUCACUGGUCUCAUGAUGUUGACUGGCCUUCUCUUUGGGCAUCAGCCCAUCUCUUUUGGUGGGUGCUUGGCCCAGCUCCACUUCUUCCACUUCCUGGGAAGUACUGAGGUUGUGCUACUGGCCACCAUGGCCUAUGACCGUUAUGUGGCCAUCUGCAAUCCUUUGCGCUACACCCUUGUCAUGAGCCCCCAGACUUGUCUGCUGCUGGCUGCGGCCAGCUCGUCCAUUGGUUUUGUGCAUGCCAUGAUACACUCAGUCAUGACCUCUCAGCUGACUUUCUGUGGCCACAACCACAUUCAUCACUUCUUCUGUGACAUCAAGCCACUGUUGAAUUUGGCUUGCAGUAGUACCAGCCUCAACAUGACCCUCCUCAAUGUCAUUACCACAUCUGUUGCACUAGGCUCCUUUGCUCUCAUAGUCCUCUCCUACCUCUACCUCAUCUUCUUCACCUUCCAUAAAGUCCGGUCCCAGGAAGGAAGAUGGAAGCCCUUCACCACCUGUGCCUCCCACCUCACUGUUGUGGCACUGUUGUACAUUCCAGUGCUCUUCAAUUACACACCACCCUCCUCAGGAAGCUCCCUUCAAAGGGAUGUGCAAGUGUCUCUCCUGUACAGUGCUGUCACCCCAGCUCUGAACCCCUUGAUCUACACUCUUAGGAACCCGGAGAAGAGAUCUGCCCUGAAAAAAAUGCUAUGUUUUGAGUGGACAUAACUUGAGCAUGAUAUUGUCAACAUUUGACUUGAGUCAGACCACUGGAAGGAUCUGCUGAAUGAUGAAACCACUGAUCUGUAUUUACAUGAACUGCUACAGACAUGUUAAAUGUCCUCAAGUAUCCUACCCUGACUUUGCCUUUGGAUCCAGAACUGGACACGUCUGUUGCAGUUCCUUUGUCACACUCCAUGCCUGUGAUUUAAGGACAUUCCUAAGAGCACUGGAUAUCUACUUAUACUUGGGUACCAAAUCCCAACUUUAGUGUGGGAUGCAGCGGUUUAUAAGUACUUAAUUUUGAGAUUUUGUGUGUCUUAACACAGACAUUCAGCACCUUCAGUCUUAGCCUGGAUUACAGUUUCAUGUCAUGGAAUCGUAUCAUAGAAUCAUAGAAUCAUUUCAGUUGGAAGAGACCCUCAGCAUCACUGAGUCCAACCAUAACC